UUCUGUUUCUUCUAUUAAUACAAAGGAAGUUCCAAAUGCCACAACAAUGCCUUCUUCCCCCUUUCACUCUCCUAGGGCAAAGAAAUUUGCAACAACAAAAGAAAUAAAUUGUGAACUAAAGAAUAUUAAUUCUAAUAAUAAAAAUUGUAAUAAAAUAAAAACAAAAAUUGAGAAAACAAAAAUGGCUGUAAUAAAUCCAAUUUGUAGUUGUACAUCAAUUAAACAAAUAUUGGCAAUAUUUACGGAAUGUUGGCUAUUAAUUUUGGAUGAUAAUGUCUUAUUAGCUUAUGAUGAUGAUUUCGAUCAAACACUAGUAUUUCAUUCUUUUCCACUUUCUACACUUCCAGAGAAUUUUUGCAAAAUUUGUAAAAAUUCUUCAACUCUUCUUUUUUCAAUUUUGGAACAUCCACGUAUUCGUAAAUGGGUUUUUUGUGGAUUAGAAUUUUUGAGAAAAUUGAGGAUAUUUUUGCCUGAAUGUAACGAGAAUAAUCAACAAAAAUUAAUUGAGUCUAAAAAUUUGUGGUGUUUACAAACAUUGGAUGUUUUAACAAAUGGGAAUGGCCCUUCUGAAUUACUAGAAUCAAAUUCAAACAUUAAAUUAUUAACAUCUACAAGGCUCUUAAAUAUUCUUGAAAGGUAA